AGACGGCAAGCACAUGAGCAGUUCUGCCUGAAGUUGUGCUUUACUGACGUGUACCAAUUCAGAAGAGCUUUGGUGGGAUAUUACACCAUCAUAUGCUGAGAAACUGGAAAAUGAGAAGAAGUACGCAAGAUUUUGUAGACCUAUUUGUGCUGGACCUGGUUUAUGGCAAUUGACCAGUGGUGAGAAUACACAUGCAGUGAACCUUGAAGCUAGAACCUGUGGCUGCAGGAAAUGGGAUAUAAUUGGCAUGCCCUGCAACCAUGCCAUCUCAGCAAUCUAUAAGGCCAAGCAACAUCCUGAAGAUUAUGUGGACCCAUUUUUCAAGAAGUAUCUUCAAUCAUAUAGUGCUGUCAUAUAUCCUGUACCUGGUCAGCAUGACUGGACAAGGACCAACGCUGUGGACACAGAUCCUCCUAUCUUCUUGAAGCACCCUGGCAGACCAAAGCAUAAAAAAAGAAAGGGACAGUUUGAGCCUCCAGCUGCAAGGGACACCUCUAGAAUGGGAGUUAUUACAUGCAGCAACUGUAAACUGGAAGGCCAUAAUUACUUAAGUUGCAAGAAGGCACUGAGGCCUGAUCUAUUGAUUACGAAAAAUAAUCACAAGGCAAAUAGAGCAGUACCAGACUAUGUUGAGCAGCCACAGUCACCAAGUGAUGAAUCUCCAAGGCAAGCACCUGCUACUUCUACUCCACCACCAAGGACAUCACCAAGGCAAGCACCUACUGCUUCAGCUCCACCACCAAGGAGAUCACCAAGGCAAGCACCAAGUGCAGAAGUUGCACCACCAAGAAGAUCACCAAGGAAAGCAUAGGCUGCUGCCAAAAGGACUACAUCUGCUCCAGCACCAGCUGCUGCCACUCCUGUUCCAGCCCCUGCCACAACAAGAUCAGCAGCUGCAAGAAGUGCCACUGCUGCCCCAGCUCCUGCCCCAAGAAGGUCACCAAGGCAAGCUUCAAGGGUUCCAUUUACAGCUCCAAGGUACAAUGCUCCAAGGUAUGAAAAGCUGGUCCAAGCCAGCCUAAAAGGCAGAAAAGAAAUAGGAUGAUGGAAUACUUACUGCCGGAAACGACAGGUAUGAGUAAUGUGUACUGAACUGUCUAAGCUGGAAAAUAGUUAUUUUGGGAACCUGUGGUUGGUUUCGAUGAUGAACUUCUGUAAUGGAUGAUGUAGGAUGAACAUGUGAUGUA